GUGAAACCAGGCGGAGCUGUUUUGGGGUGUUGUGAAUUCGUGUAGCCAAGAAAUCUUGAGUGGGAGUUGUCGGACGGAUUUGUUGUGCGAUUUGUCGGUGGAUUCGCGCUGAUUAGCAACGCGCCAGCAGCAGCAGCGAUGCCCGGGAUAGAGAAGCUGCCGAUAGAGGAGACGCUGGAGGACAGUCCGCAGACACGCUCUCUUCUGGGAGUGUUUGAGGAGGACACUGCAGCCAUCUCUAACUACUGCACACAGCUUUACCAGGCCAUGCACAGGAUUUAUGAUGCACAGAACGAGCUGAGCGCCGCGACACACCUGACCUCCAGACUGCUGAAAGAGUACGACAAACAGCGUUUUCCUCUCGGGGGCGAUGAUGAGGUGAUGAGCUCCACCCUGCAGCAGUUUGCAAAAGUUAUUGAUGAGCUGAGUUCCUGUCAUGCUGUCUUGUCCACCCAGCUGGCAGAUGCCAUGAUGUUUCCCAUCACACAGUUUAAAGAGAGAGACCUGAAGGAGAUCCUCACUCUGAAGGAAGUCUUCCAAAUAGCCAGUGAUGAUCACGACACAGCCAUUAACAGAUACAGCCGCCUGUCCAAGAGAAGAGACAACGACAAGUUGAGGGCAGAGGCAGUGGAGGAUGUCUACACCUCUCGCAAGAAACAGCACCAGACCAUGAUGCACUACUUCUGCUCGCUCAACACUCUGCAGUACAAGAAGAAGACGGCGCUGCUGGAGCCGCUGCUGGGCUACAUGCAGGCCCAGAUCAGCUUCUUUAAGCUGGGGUCAGAAAAUCUCACCCAGCAGUGGGAGGAGUUCCUGGGAACCAUCGGGACCAGUGUCCAGAAUGUUCGUCGGGAGAUGGAGGAAGAAGUCGGCCAGAUGCAGCAGACCAUUCAGGAUAUGGAGAGGUCAUGUGACCCUCUGUAUGCACCAUGUGACCCUGACCCCGCCCACUCACCUGUGUGCCGCAACCUGACUAGGAAACAGGGCUACCUGUACAUCCGCAAUAAGACGGGGUUGGUGUCAUCCUCCUGGGAGCGUCAGUACUUCUUCACGCAGGGUGGUAACCUGAUGCAGCAGGGUCGAGGCGAGGUGGCAGGAGGGCUGGUCACAGACCUGGACAACUGCUCCGUCAUGGCAGUCGACAGUGACGACCGCCGCUUCUGCUUCCAGGUCACUUCAUUCGAUGGCAAAAAGGUGGUGACGUUGCAGGCGGAGAGCAGGAAGGACUGCGAGGAGUGGGUCUCCACCAUCAACAACAUCUCCAAACGGAUCUACCUGAGUGAGAAUGCAGAGGAGAUCGCAGCCAGAGUGAACCAAUCAGCUCUCGAAGCUGUGACACCGUCACCGUCCUUCCAGCAGAGACAUGAGAGCAUGAGACCCAGCAGUAAGGGGCGAGCAGGCCGGACUGGCAGCAUCAGCUCUGUGGGCUCUGAGCCGUCUCCUGCCCUCUCUGUGCUCUCAUUGGACGCUCUGGUUGCCCCAGAAACCCCCAUCCAGUUUGACAUCAUCUCCCCCGUCAGCGAGGAGAACUCAGGGCAGAACAAGACGGCCGCUCAGUCUGGGAGGAGGAGUAAUCCAUUUGGAGAGUCAGGAGACAGCACAUCAGAGGACAGUGAAGACUCCAUCCUCCACCAGCUCUUCAUCGUCCGUUUCCUCGGCUCCAUGGAGGUGAAGACCACCGAGUCAGCUGACGUCAUCUCUGAGACCAUGAGGCAGAUCCUGGCCGCCCGAGCCAUCCACAACAUCUUCAGGAUGACCGAGUCACACCUGCUUGUCACCUGCGACUGCCUCAAGCUCAUUGAUCCUCAGACACAGGUCACUCGGCUCAGGUUCUCCCUCUCCUCUGUGAUCCAGUCUGCGUCCCACCAGGACAACAAGCGACUGUUUGGGUUCGUUCUACAGCCUGGAGGUGGGCGAGGUGACAGCCGAGCCGUCUGCUACAUCUUUGAGUCCAACAACGACGGAGAGAAGAUCUGUGACAGCAUCGGUCUGGCCAAGCAGAUCGCCUUCCACUCCGAGAUGGACCGAAAAGCAUCAGAGAAGAAGAAGGAGCAGGACAAGGCCAAAGAGAAACAACAGGAAGAGCUCAGCAAACAGAGACAGAUCGAGAAGGAUCUGGAGGAGCAGAGUCGGUUGAUCGCCGCCUCGAGUCGUCCCGCAAACCCACCUGCCCCUGACGGACAGUUCCUCGUGCUUAGCAACAGCCAAUCAGAGGACAGCGGGGGAGAGGAGGGAAAGAAGAGAGGCGAGUCUGAAGCCUAACGAAGCGAGGAGGACGCAUGUUUCACCGCUCAAGCAGAUCCCAGCCGGUACCGUCGAAACCAACAUCUCAGGAGUCAGAGGAAGGGAACGUCACCCGCCCGUCCGGGGCUGCCUGGGAAUAAAGAACAUGUGCACCCUCGCUGUUGGACUCUGAAGAUCAUGGUGGAGCUCAUCACUCUGCAAACAGAGGAUAAACUAAACACACCCUCGCUGUAAGAAGAGGAGGGCAGCAGGCGUGGAAACGUCUGAUAGCGGACGCUGCUUUUUAUACCAGCUCCACAUGUAAACAUUAACCUGUAAGUUUCUGUUUUUUAUGUUUGUUUUAUAAAGAAAAAAGCUAACAGCAAUGAUAGAGGAUUUAACUAAAAAACGUGGAAUCAUGAACCAGGAUCUGACGGAGAUGUGGAAGAACGUCAGAGCCAAGACUGCGAUUGGACCGCACGUGUGAGAAAUACAAGAAGAGAGGACGAACGAGAGCAAGGAGUCUUAUUUUGAAGGGUUGUUCCUGUGUGGUGUGUCCUCCAGCUGACCAUUUCUUAAAGCAUCCUACAAAAAUAGAGAUUUUUUCUCUUCUUUCCUCCGUUCUCAGUGGAUUCUCAUAGAAAUAUCGCUGUGAUUGUAUGCAAAACAGCUGAAAACAAUGCUAUCUGCUACUACUAACCACUAAAACGACAGCAUCCCAUCAUGCUUUAACUGUAUUAAUCAUGAAGGAAACACAUGAUGCACCUGUAACUCUAGAGUCCAGACUCACUUUGGCCACCCACGGUUCAGAUACCAGUUUAACCAGUGGACCCCCUUGUUUAAAUGGCAUCAGGUGAUGAUAGAAAACUGCAUUCUGAAUGAUGCAUUCCUCCUCCUUUACUCUCCACAUGGAAGAUUAUCUUUCAUAAAACCACUGCUGGUCAAACAUGGCAGAUAAAAUUUCCACUAUAAGCAAAAAUCUGCACAUUUCAAACACUAAAUUUCCUCUCUUUUCUGCAGAAUGUGCACUGAAAUACUGAUAAUGGUUUAUAGCAAUUAGUGAUGCACUCCUCUGAUAUUAAGGUGAUCUAUUUGAGAAGGGAAAAUACAUUUUAUAAAAUGCAUGGUUAAAAAUUACUUGAAUAAAGAAAAAAAGCCUAUUAAAAGUCCACUAAAUGCAUCCAUACCUGAUAAAGGUUUAUUUUAAUGCAGUUUGUAGUCAAGUGUCCAUUAUGAAAAAAGUGAAGAUUAACUAGAGCAGUGGUUCUCAACCUUGGGGUUGAGAACCCCUUUGGGGUCACGAGACACUGAGAGGGGGGUCUCCAGAUGGCCUUAAAAAAACUAAGAAUAUCUUUUAAAUUACACUGUUGCCACUUUACACCAAUUUUGUAAUAUUUUUUACACCUUUUCAUCAUUUUUCCCACCAAUUCUAACACAUUUUUGCCAUUUACUACCUAUUUUGGUUGGUUUUACUCUUUCCAUUACUUUUUCUGCCUGUUUUUGUCACUUUCAAAUCAAUUCUUGCCCCUUAAGCUUAAUGUUGCCUCUGUUGACCCAUUACUGCCAUUAUUAAACCCUUUUUACACCCAGUUUCUCCCAUUUU